CAGUCAUACUCCGCAACCCUGAAGGCGCUGCAAGCCAGCAACGACAAACUGCAGCAGAAGAUGACCCUGCUGCGAUCCAGCACGCUGCGGCUUGAGCUCGACCUGAUGAAGCUGCAGCGCCACGUGCGAUCCUUCGACAAAGAGCUCCUGGUGACCUGGCAGGCUGACACGCUGACCCGCCUGAUCGAGGUCAUCUACGAGCGCCACCGAUGGAAGAUGCCCGGCGGGAUUGGCAUUGGCGACCACCAGGGAGUGAGCCGGGAGACUCUGUCGACGCUCUAUGAAGUGGCCGCGCGCAAGAUCAAGAAGGAGACGCUGAAGAGGCGGUUCGGGCUGGGGGUCCAUUACUAUGAUGCGCUACAGAAGUACGACGAGAUUGUCCAGUUUCGCAGCAUCGAUCCGUACAAGUCGGAAUGUCUGUUUGCGCAGUGGCUGGUGACGGAGAAGGAGAGACGUCCGGGUCUCUAUCAGUUCUGGGGGAGGUUGUUUCCAUUGUGCUAUGGUCGGACGGUGGAGGAGACUGCGGCGAUGUUCUGA